AUGACCUUUCUUAGGCAUAACAAAGACAAUGAUAUCGGAGAAUGGUUAAGUUUAGGAUUCAAACAAGACACACCUCUUGAAGAUUCUAAAUCACCAAAACCUCUUCAUAACAACAAGGUAUUCUCAUGCAAAUUCUGCAUGAGAAAGUUUUACAGCUCACAAGCCUUAGGGGGUCACCAGAAUGCACACAAAAGGGAAAGAGAAGCAGCUAGUUACCAAUUAUCUCAUAGGUUGAUGUCACCGUCUUCAUCAAUGAAACUAGCUUAUUCUAAACCUUUGACAGCAAAGUCACUAGGAAUCAAACCUCACUCUCUUGUGCGCAAACCAAUCAGAGAAAGAGCUUCUACUACGGAGGCUCGAUUUCAUAAUGGCGCACUUGUUCUUGAACAAGGGGUGGAGUUUGUAUAUCAUGGAAGCUUUCGAAUGAACUUUCCAAAGCAAGAAUCACAUAUCCAAAAGCUUGACUUAGAUCUUAGGCUUUGA